AUGCAUAAUUUAUUUCAAGAUGAUAAUAUAAGAACAAAUUUUGAUUAUAUUGAAUUAAAAAAUCGUUUAAGAUUGUGGUUACGUAAUACAGAUAUUGACAAUAUGCAUGAGAAAGCUCUUCAACGUAAUUUUUAUGAAGAAUGUAUGAAGGUAUAUAAACAAAAUAUUGGUGAUGAAUUAAAAUAUACUGAUGGUUUUAAAGGAACCAUUUUUCGAAGUUUAUUCGAACGAUUAAUGCCUGAUUUUUGUCGUAUUGACUAUUACAAUUUAGACAUUAGAUCAUCAACAAGUAGUUUAGAUGUCGAGUGCUUACCUAUUCACAUAAUCUCAGUUCUUGAAUUAAAAAAAGAUUUACAAGAUUCAAAUAUUGGACAACUAGUGCAUUAUCUACGAAUUAUAUUGGACUAUUCUCCAGGAUCACGUUUGUUUAUAAUGGGUGCUAUGACUGAUUUUCAUGAUAUUCGAUUUGCUAAAGUAAGCAGAUCAAUAGAUGGUGAUAAUAUUGAAUAUACAACAUCAGCAAAAGCACUCGAUGACGAGUACGAAUUUUUAUUGCACUAUUUAACAACGUUUUUCAUUGCAGAUCCAUCGAAAUUUGGUUAUUGUCGUUUAUCAUCAUUAUCUGAUCAUAUUCGUAUUCAUAAUAGAUUAUUAGGUAUUGGUGCUAGUUCAAUGGUUUUCAAUUGUUUUUUGAAUAAUGAUCAAACAAGUGAAUAUGUAUUAAAAAUUAGUAAUAAAUCCGUUGACAAAGAAGUAUCAAUUUAUAAAGAAUUAUAUAGUGAUAAAUAUAGGAUAAUUAAAGUUCAUGAAUAUGCCUUAUUAUUUUUACAUCCACCGGGUCGAAAUAUAUCAAAAGAAAAUUUAUUAAAUAAUAUUGAUGUUAUAUGGAAACAAAUAAAAAAAACACAUGAAAUUAAGUUUUUACAUUGUGAUAUUAGAAGAUCAAAUAUUAUUGAAUUAUUUAAUAAUAAAACUAAUAGUUAUGAAAUACUGUUGAUCGACUGGGGUAGUUCUAUUAAAAUUGGUUGUAAAGUUAAAUAUAAUGGUACCUUAUCAACAGCAUCAACUUAUAUUCUUAAAGAAUUAUCAAAUAAUAGAAAUCGAUCCAUUGAAUAUCUUCGAAUAGAUGAUUGCAUAUCAUUCAUGAAAAUGAUUUUACUAGAAAUUAUUUCAGAAAAAUACAAAAAAGCUAUUUCAUCAAAAGUUCAACAAGGAUCAUUAACUGGUAUUAUUGUUGUAUAUGAUCAAAUAAAGGAUAGUUUUAAAACUAAACAACCAAUUAUAAUGAAAGUCAUUGAAUUUUUAGAAAAAUAUCGUUCAAUUUUAAAUGAUGAAAAAUUAAACAGUUAUAUCGAUCAAUGUAUCAAUCAUCGUCAUUGUUUAAUUCAAUUAGAAAAUGAACAAAUAAAUAUUGAUUAUUUUAAUGAUUUAGAAAGAAAUAUUUUUUCAUCUUGA